GCCGAGCGCCCGCGCAUUCGGCGCGAGGACGCCACGCGGGCAACAUGGCGCCCGUUCCUGCGCUCCUGUUUCUAUUAUUCUUCCUCCACGUGACUCGAUCCGAGAUCCUGACCCCGCCGUACUUUAAUUUGGCUCAGGGGAAGAAGAUUGUGGCCACGGCGACAUGCGGAGACGAGGGACCCGAGUGGUACUGCAAGUUGGUCGGCGUUAUUGCAGAUCACGACGAGCGCGUGAUACAGGGACAGGUUUGCGACAUUUGUGAUGCGAACAACGAAGCCAAGAAGCAUCCCCCGGAGUACGCGGUUGACGACCGUCGGACCUGGUGGCAGUCGCCUCCACUAUCGCGCGGCAUGAAGUACAACGAAGUCAAUCUUACCAUUGACCUUGGACAGGAAUUCCACGUGGCGUACGUGUUCGUGAAGAUGGGAAACUCACCUCGCCCUGAACUCUGGGUGCUUGAGAAAUCGACUGACUACGGAAAAACAUUUAAGCCUUGGCAGUAUUUCUCUGAUUCUCCACAAGAUUGCGAGAGAUACUUCGGUAAGGAAAGCCUGCAGCCAAUUACGAAAGACGAUUCUGUAAUUUGCAGCACUGAAUACUCGAAAAUUGUACCCCUCGAGGAUGGUGAGAUACCUAUAUCUUUAUUGAACGAUCGCCCUUCGUCGAAUAUGUACUUCAAUUCGUCGGUGCUGCAAGAGUGGACGAGAGCAACCAACGUGAGGCUGCGACUGCUCCGGACCAAGAACUUGCUGGGACAUCUUAUGUCUGUGGCUCGACAAGAUCCUACAGUCACCAGACGCUACUUCUACAGUAUCAAGGACAUCAGUAUCGGGGGUAGGUGCAUGUGCAACGGCCACGCCGACACGUGCGAGCCGGCCGAUCCUGCUGGGAACCUCAACAUUCUGGUGUGUCGGUGUCAGCACAACACGUGCGGUCCUCAGUGCAACAAGUGCUGCUCCGGCUUCGAGCAGAAGAAGUGGAGGAUCUCGCAGAACUGGGACAGGUUUUCCUGCGAACCCUGCAACUGCCACAACCACACGACCGAGUGCACGUACGAUCCCGAAAUCGAUGAGAAACGCCUCUCGUUGGACAUCAACGGGAGGUACGAAGGUGGUGGAAAAUGUCAGAACUGUCAGCACAACACCGAGGGUAUCAACUGCAACAAGUGCAGACCGACGUUCUACAGACCCUAUGGAAAGAGAUGGGACGAGCUUGACGUUUGCCAACCGUGUCAGUGCGACCCCCAUUUCUCGACCGGUAACUGCGAGGAGGAAUCCGGUAGGUGCGAGUGUCGACCAGAGUUCCAGCCCCCUGACUGCAGUUCCUGUGCGUACGGGUACUUUGACUAUCCGAACUGCAAGCCUUGCACGUGCAAUUUGAACGGAACAGAAGGAGAGCACUGCACGCCCACAGACGGACUGUGUCCCUGCAAAUACAACUACGCUGGAAAGUCUUGUGAGAUUUGCGAAGACGGUUACUAUUCACCGGAAUGUAAAAACUGCGAGUGCAAUACGGUCGGCUCGGUGUCGUACGUUUGCGACAAGCUGACUGGGGACUGCACGUGCAAGAGCAAGUACAGCGGCAGGACAUGCAACCAGUGCCAGGCCGGCUACUACAACUAUCCCACUUGCAAACCUUGCAACUGCGAUACCAGCGGAACUGAACCCAGCAUUUGCGAUGACGUCAGUGGACAGUGUAUCUGCAAAGCCGGCUUCGGAGGACCUAGAUGCGACCAGUGUUUGUCAGGGUAUUACAUGCAAGUGCUCGGUCGGGAGCGACAAUGCGUGCCCUGUAAUUGCGACCCAACAGGCUCCACGUCAACCAGUUGCUCAGCUGACGGGAAAUGCAACUGCUUGACCAACUUCGGUGGCGCUCAGUGUGACCAGUGCUCUCCUGGCUACUACAAAUACCCCGAUUGUUUAUCUUGCAACUGUGACGUGUCCGGCUCGAUCGGGUCCACGUGCGACGACAACGGACUCUGCCACUGCAAGUCGAACUUCGACGGAGCCAAAUGCGACACGUGCCGGGAGCAGUUCUACAACUACCCGGCCUGCGAGGAGUGCAACUGCGACCCGAGAGGGGUCACGGCCAGCUUCGCGGGUUGUGGGUCCGUCCCUGCCGGAGAACUGUGUCAGUGCAAAGAUCGAGUCCAAGGUCGAAUCUGCAACGACUGCAAACCUCUGUAUUGGAAUCUUCAAGAAUAUAACCCUUUUGGAUGUGAACAGUGUAAUUGCAAUCUCGCCGGCACAUUGAAUAGUCUCGGCGCUUGCAACACCAAAUCCGGCCAAUGUGUGUGCAAGCAACACGUCGGGGAACGUCAGUGUGACCAAUGCCUGGACGGUUUCUACCGACUACAGACCAACGACGUCUUCGGAUGCACUGAAUGCGAUUGCGACAUCGGCGGCUCAAUCGACAACAACUGCGACAAGACGACCGGACAGUGCCACUGUCACUCCAGGGUCGAAGGCAGACGCUGUGACCAGCCCAUCCGUGCCCACUACUUCCCCACUCUCCACCAGUUCCAAUACGAAGUAGAGGAUGGAGUCACCCAAUCCGGUCCUGUUCGAUACAGGAAUUCCGAAGAGGUCUUCCCUGAGUAUUCCUGGAAAGGAUACGUUGUGUUCUCUUUACUUCAGAAUGAAGUCAUUAACAUUAUCCAAAUAACAAAGUCUUCGCUGUACCGCAUGGUGCUAAAGUACGCUAAUCCGCUGCGAGACCCCGUCGUCGCCAACAUCGUCAUCACUCCGGAGAGCGUCGUGGAUAUCCAACAGAAGUUCAACGUCUAUUUGCGUCCAACGGUCCUACCGCAACUGGUCACCGUGGCCGGCGAUAAAGGCGUCACUCCUGCUCCCUUCGUAAUGAACCCUGGCAACUGGACGGUCACCAUCAAAACGAACAAAGAAAUCAUGAUUGAUUACUUCGUUCUUAUCCCAGAAGCGUAUUAUGAAGCAACGAUCCUAACCAAAAUGGUCGAUAAGCCUUGUAUUGUGGGUGACAAGAAACUAUGCAGACAAUUUGCGUACCCAAGUCUUAGUGGAAAAUCAACGGCUGACGUAACCAGCCUUGUCACCUCCGUGGACUCGUUCAUCGAUGAUCCUGUUCAAUUAUCUGAACUGAAAGUUGAACCAAAUACGAUCCCGAUCCUGCGAACUACUCUUCAGUACAACAUGAGAAUAGAAAAACCGGGUCAAUAUGUCCUCCUGGUUGAAUACGUGACCCCGGCGGCCCGGAACCAGGACCUCAACACCGGAAACUCUACUUACUCUUCGGUUGUGAAGACUCCUGUCACUAUUAAGUUCCAGUCAGGGCCUGAUGAUCAACAUUUAGUCGAAACAGAUGGGAUAAUCAACUUCAAUGAUUGUCCGUACACGGCGCCCUGUAGACAAGUGAUGGUGGAUGACUACUCCAGGAUCCAAUUUGUUACCGUAACAGAUCCAAAUAAUGUCGUGUUUCUAUUGGACCAACCAGAUACGGAGGCCGCUAUCAAAUCAGUGGUCGCGAUACCGCAGGCCGAGUGGCAUCUGGACUAUCUAACUCCCCGACCCUACUGCUUGAGGAGAAACGGACGCUGCGAUCCCGCCGUCUUCAAUGCAGUUGUCGAUGCUAAAAAGGUGGAGUUUGAAUCGGGAACCGGCGGCGACCGUGAGACGAGACCUCAAAUAUUAAAUAACUCAACGACCGUUGUAUAUUUACCAACGCAAUCCGAACCUGUCAUUUUGGAGGGCAAGGUUUCCGCGCCCGGAGAAUAUCUGUUCAUGGUGCACUAUUACCAACCAGAUCAUCCUGAAAGCACCAUGGAAGUGACGGUGAACACGGACGGUCAAAAGCAAGAGACAAACCUGCCGAUACAGCACUGCCCGUCCAACUCAGGAUGCAGGGCUCUUCUCAGGAAACCAGAUACCAGCACCAGUUUUCUUGUAAACGAAAACUUCACAUUGGUAUUCAAGGGUAACACCAGUAAAGGGGUCUGGUUGGACUAUGUCCUGGUAAUAGAGGCUUCCGACUUCACCGACGCAGUCCUCACCGAAGCAAACAUCUUGGACUACACCAGGGAGUUUAUAGAAAAAUGUGCAAGCUACAAUUAUUACAUCAGCCCCAAUGAAACUGGUCUGUGUCGUGAAGCGAUGUUCUCGAUAACGUCGGAAUACAACAGCGGCGCCAGACCUUGCCUCUGCGACUUCAUGGGCUCGACCGAGCUGGAGUGCAAUACGUUCGGCGGACAAUGUCCCUGCAAGCCAAACGUCAUCGGCAGGACGUGCAGUGCCUGUCGGACCGGGUACUACGGGUUCCCGAACUGCCGCCCGUGCCACUGCCCCUCCACGGCCAUAUGUGACGACAACGGCAUGUGCAUCUGCCCUAAGAACGUGGAGGGUGAGAACUGCGAUCGCUGCAAACCGUACACGUUCAAUUUCGACGUGCAGCGCGGCUGCGACGACUGCAACUGCAACCCGCUCGGCGUCGUCGGCAACCAGCUACAGUGCGAAGCCGACAGCGGGAAAUGCGCGUGUCGCGAGAACGUCCGCGGACGCGUGUGUGACCAUUGCGUGCCCGGACACUACGCGUUCCCUGACUGCUACCAGUGCACCUGCAAUCGACACGGUACAACGUAUGACGUGUGCGAUCAGAACACAGCGCAGUGCUACUGCAAGACCAACGUCCGAGGACAGGCUUGUGACACUUGCAAGGAGGAAUAUUUCAAUCUUCAAGACGACAACCCGGACGGAUGCACGAAAUGUUUCUGCUUUGGGAAAACCACACGAUGUUCUAGCUCGUACUACACUUGGGCCGCUAUUGAUGAAAUGGUAGAUUGGUAUCCAGUGGAUGUGUUAAUUAACAAUACUAUAGAGUUGUACCCACACGAGGAUGUGCCUGAGCUCACCAAUGUAACGGUGCUUACUGUCGGCCUCAACGAUGGCGUGACAAAUGGAAAAGUUGCAUACUUUGGAGCCCCAGAAUAUUAUUUAGGUAAACGUCUGACCUCAUACGGAGGCUACCUCACGUAUACGGUACAUUACACAACUAGAGGCGACGGUGACGCUGUGGCCGCUCCUGACGUCAUCAUUGCUGGACCAAACGGGUAUUUAGUCCACAACAGCGUUGAACAGCCUCCCGUGGGGAUGCCCUGGACGCAUUCCGUGAAGCUAUCCGAAGAGGAAUUCAGUACCUUGGACGGCGCACCUGUCACCAGGGACCAGUUCAUGCACGCCUUAGUGAACAUCUCAGGCUUAUACAUACGAGCCUCAUAUUGGGAAUACUCAAUCGAAACAAGCCUAUCAAACGUGGUGCUAGAGAUCGGCGUAGACUAUUAUAUGGGCGACGAGCUGGUGGUCCGCCGCGCAACAUCCGUCGAAGAGUGCCAGUGUCCGAGGGCGUACCGCGGUCUCUCCUGCGAACAAUGUGCGGAAGGACACUACCGCCUGCCUUCCGGCUUCUGUGUCCCAUGCCAGUGCAACGGACACUCUGACCAGUGCGAUGUCAAUACCGGGAUAUGUCUGAACUGCGCGGACAACACUAUCGGUGAUCACUGUGAGUUCUGCAUGUCCGGUUACCAUGGCGACGCGACAGUGGGAACUCCGCGGGACUGUCUCAUCUGUGCAUGCCCGAUGCCUUACCCUUCCAAUAACUUCGCCCUGAGUUGUGACCUGAGCGAGAACGGAUCUCUGAUCUCGUGUAACUGCCAGCCUGGCUACGGAGGCGCUCGCUGCGAAUACUGCGCAGCCGGAUACUAUGGCAUCCCCGAAGACACCGGCGACUACUGCAAGCCUUGCAACUGCUCUGGUAACAUCAACCCCCAAGACCCGGGUUCCUGUGACAGCAUCAACGGCGAUUGCCUCAAGUGCGUCAAUAACACCGCCGGAGCCGCCUGUAAUCUUUGCGCUCCAGGCUUUUACGGAGAUGCUAUCUUCUCUAAAAACUGCACAGCUUGCAUAUGCGACGAAUUUGGCAUGGCGGACUGCGACUCAACCACGGGGACGUGUGUAUGCAGACCUGGGGUCAUUGGGGAGAAGUGCGAUCGCUGUGCUCCGGACCACUGGGGUCUGAACACUGGACUAGGGUGCACUCCUUGUAACUGCGGCAUCGCCUCUGAGUCGACACAGUGUGAUGACGAUAACGGCCAGUGCAGAUGCGCUAAAGGAGUAACAGGCAAGCAGUGUGACCAAUGCGCGGCUGGAUUUUGGAACUACACCAAAGACGGAUGCGAUCAUUGUAACUGCAAUACGGGGUAUUCAGUUGGCUUUAUGUGUAACGCCACCGGGCAGUGUGAGUGCUUGCCGGGUGUCAUAGGAGAGAAGUGUGAUCGGUGUCCAGAAAGGUGGGUUUUGAUUCCGCAAGAAGGAUGCCUCGAAUGCGACUCGUGUACAGAUGCCCUAAUAUUCUCGGUCGAAGAUCUAAGCGCGCUACUCGCUAAUGAAACAAUGGACUUUAAGGACAAGGCGGACUCGUUCUUCACGACGCAACGCCUCAACUACAUAUCCAAUCAAACCGAACUGCUUCGUCCAAAAGUCGCGCAAUUGAAGACCGUCGAUAUCGGCGAAGUCACAUCGUCUAUCAAGACCUUGGAAACCAGUGCUAAGAACCUACUCAGAUCGGCGGAAUUUGCGGCGACUGACAGCGACAAACAAAUAAGUCGCGCCGCGAAACUAGCGGAAGACGCGGAGAGGACAUUAGCAGCGGUCAGGGAGAGCGCGCGGGAGGCCACCGAAGUCGUCAAGCACGUGGCCGACCUGGCCACCGGACUCGAACUCAGCCAGCAGCCGAAGGUCGACAGCGCACUAACCGAAGCGAGGCAGAUAAGAGAUGACAUCGCCGACAAAGACUUGGUGCCAAAGAAACAACAAGCAGAAGCUGUAUUCCUGAACACGACCACGCAAAUCGAACGUAUGAACUUUUUCGUGCAACCGGUCAACGAACAAGCCAAGAAAUUCGAGUCGCUCGUUAACGCGACCCGCGAGCUCAAAGACAAGCUAGACGAUAUGCUGGAGUACACCGAUCUGGCGCAGCACACUGCCCACACUGCAGAGGAGCUAAAUACUAAAAACAGGUUAUCGAAAUUCGGCAACAAAGUGAACUCUGUUACGAAACUGAACACGGCGGCGAUGGGGGACCUCAUCGACGCGGCGUACGACAUCGGCAACGCGACGUACAACAACAUGGCGGUCGGCGCGAGGCUGGCGGGCGCGGGUCGAGCGGCGGCGGACCUCGACGCCGCCAACCGGGACGUCGCCGACCGGCUCGACGCCCUCACCGGAGAACUGCCGCAGUUCGAGCACCUAACGUCCGAGGCUACGCACCACGCCACCAUGCUCAGGAGGAGGGCGGAUAGCCUGCGCGAACUAGCCGAGCGGGAGAACAACAACAGCCGCACUCAACACGCUUACACCGCGGCGUCGGCGUACUCCUCCAUCUACCAGGAGAUCAACAAGGCGAAGGAGGCAGCUAAAGAAGCGGAGGAUGCUGUGGCUAACGUUACCAAACUCAAUCGUAUUCUGGACGAGCGCGUACGUCCGGCCCGCGAGCGAUCCUCAUCGCUGCUGGCGGACGCCACCAAGGCCCAACACGCCGUCGACCAAAAGCUCCUACCCAACCUCACCGCCACCGAGGAGGUGCUCAGAAAGAUCCGAGACCACUUGAGCAGGGCCGACGAUGACGACAACGCUAUACAACUUUCGCUUCCGCCAUUAACAACGGUUACCUUAGAAGAAGAGACGAACAAAGCAGACAGAGUAAAUGCAACGAUCGGAACCACCUUCAGCGUCAUGUCACAUCUAGGACCCGAGCUCGCGACCAGCAAGGACUGGGCCCAGACCCUGCCCAAGCUGGCUGACGAGGGCCAGAAAAUGACUUCGAAUGUUGAGAGCCACCUUAAAAACAUCAAUGACAUGGAGCCGCAAAUCUCGUCAUCGUAUCACACCGUGAAGAUGCGUCAAGAAGAUUUGGAGAGACGACGUCGAGACGCAGACGAAAAACUUCAGAAACUUAAGGACUUAGUCGAACAGGCGCGUACGGUAGCUAAUCGCAUUCAAGUUGGAGUGACGUUUGAUCGGUGGUCGACAUUGCAACCCCGCCUACCGGAUACGGUCGAUGAGAUGUCAACCUCCACGCACGUGUCGGCAUACUUCCGAACAAAGGAAAAGGAUGGCUUCAUUCUGUACCUCGGCAACCCUAAGGGAACCAUGCUGAGGAGAACCAAAUCGGACGACUACAUGGUGAUCGGCAUUCAGAACGGAUACCCGUAUGUAGUGAUGGACAUCGGGGACAGCUCCGAACCUGGCCAGGAUCCGGCGAGGGUCUCCAUUGACAAGAUGGUUGCCGACAACCGCUGGUACCAAGUCAUCGUUGACAGAUUGGGUCGUCGAGUAAAACUCUCAAUCCGCGAGAGCCUGGACAAUGGAACGGAUACUAUCCACUCCAAGGAGGCUGACUUACCCGGACAUCAUACUAUCUUCAACCUGGACAAAGAAAAGUCCAAGUUGUACGUGGGUGGAGUGCCUUCCGAUGCCAAACUCCAGGGUAUUAGUUUUCCAGCCUUCGAAGGUCAAAUAGAAGAGCUGAUGAUUGGAGAUACACCAGUUGGCUUAUGGAACUUUGUCAGUGCCAAUAAACUGAAGGGAGCCAGACAGAGGGAUAAAUUGAUCUCCUCGCAGUCUGGCCCUCAAGAGUACAGGUUCGAUGGCCGUGGAUAUGCCACGAUGGCUGGCCGAGGUUAUUUGACGCCUCAAUCUAAUCAAGUGCUUCUCUUCUUCCGCACGUACGCUCCGAACGGCUUGAUAUACCUGGUCGGGGAAGGAGGAUAUUUCUUCUCAUUACUGAUGCAAGAUGGAAGGGUUUACUUGCAGGUGUCAUUAGGCAACACAGAGGAUUUGAUAAUAGUUGGCACAACCCGAGCAUACAAUGAUGGUAAAUGGCAUAAAUUGGACGCUCGCCGGUUCCUUGCCAAGUGCUCUCUGACCGUGGACAACGAGGUGCUCAAAGCGGAGUCCAAUUCGCCCAGCGCCGACAUACCGAGCUUAGACACUAUGAACUUCGGAGGGAACAACAAAGGAAUACUGCAAGUGCCGGAUCGAGGCUUCGACGGUUGUAUGAGGCAGAUCAGCAUCAACGGAGUAAACCUGGAUCUCAGUGAGAAUCUAGAAUCGAUCGGCAUGGCGUAUGGAUGCCAGUUCGCUUCGUUGGUAUCGUUCAACGGUACUGACAGCUACCUUCGCUUCGUCGACGUGACCAGCGAGAACCCGCAGCUGACCCUCAAGUUCAAGACCGCAAAACCUAACGGACUCCUAUUCGUCUACGUCAGCAGGACACAGACCGCGAUAAUGCCCGACAGCAUAUCUCUAUCGCUCGUAAACGGCAAACUCGUUGUUGUGAGUCAAAGGGAACAACUCGACACUGGAUUGAACACGUAUAACGACUCACAGUGGCACGUGUUGACGGUGACGCACAACACUAGCGCCCUCAAACUAGUAGUCGACGACUUCGAUUACUUCAGUACGGACACCGCGCCGCCACCGCUCCACAUACUUGACGGGGUUCUCUUCAUCGGCGGCGUGCAGCCGGGCUACGUGGUGAGUGGCUCGCUCGGCAGCAAAGUCCCGUUCACGGGCUGCAUAGGCGACGCCACAAUCAACGGGCAGGUCCUCAACCUGCUGGAGCCGUUCAGCAAUAACAGCGUCACGUUCGGAAGGUGCGGCACGACGAUCACAACGGGCGGCGUCAAUCCAGACAAGGUGACUUGGUCGAUACCAACGUCGCCUGAUGUCCUGCCGAUGCCUGAGCCGGUGCCCGUCUCCCCUGUCAAUGCAUUACCAGAAACAACCACAGCAAAAGUGAAGCUAAGGAAUGGGCCGAUCUCACCACUACCACCGCUGCCAACACUCGCACCACCAGAGCAGACGACCAGGGCUCCAGUAACUCGAGCGCCCAUCACUGCACCACCCACUCCGCCUACCACUACCACCAAACGACCGGCACCCAAACCAGAGUCAGGCUGUGCUUUGGCCUAUGACCCACACUACAGCCUAGGAGACCCCAAUGAAGGCUAUAGAUUUGGUUCACGUAACGUGAGUCGUAUUGAGUACGCGAAGCUCCCCGGUCGACAACUGGAAGGGUUCGACCUCACAAUAUCGUUCCGCACCUUCGACAAGCAAGGCGGCGUCAUAUUCUACGCCGAGUCAGCACACGAUAAGAACCCCGUGCAGUUCUUAGCGUUUUUCAUGAGGGACGCCAAGCUCCAUUACAUGUUCAACUGCGGCGGUGAGACGGGCGUAAUAUCCUCGACGCACACUUACAACGACAUAGACUGGCACACGGUGACUCUGACACGGAACGGAGGUCACGGUAAACUGGCCGUCGACUCUGAAAUGGUCGGGGAAACCAGUGUUACAUGUAACACGCCUCUAUCGCUAGCGCCACCUUACUAUUACGGAGGCUUGCGAUACGUUAACGAAAGAAUUUCGAAGAUCUUCGACAACUUCUACCAGCCGUUUAUGGGCUGCCUCAAGGGACUUCUCAUGAACGGUCAACAAGUGACUCGUAUUGGCAACGCUGUGAACGCCUUGCGAUGCGUCGAUAACAUCGAAGACGGCGUCUACUUCGAAGCAUCGAACAAUACACACAGCAACUAUUUGAAGUUGCUAGAGAACUUCAAAGUUGGGGACGAGGUGUCUAUAUCAAUGGAGGUACGUCCCCGUAACACCACGGGGCUGCUGCUCAGCGUCCACGGGAAGAAGGACUACAUGGUGCUUGAGCUGCUCGACAGCGAAGUGGUCGCGAACGUCGAGAACGGAAACGGACCGUUCCGCGCUACGUACAAACUCAGCAACAAACAUUACCUGUGCGACGGAAACUGGCACAAGAUUCACGUCGUGAAAUCUCUGUACGUGGUCUCGGUGGGUGUCGACGGUCACUUCUCGAAGCCCGGGAUCGGCGCGUACACAUCGACGGACACGCAUUCCGCGCUCUACAUCGGCGGUCACGAGCGCCCGAUACACAAGGUGCGAGGGGUUCACUCUCGGAGGGGCUUCACGGGAUGCGUGAGGAACAUUGUGGUUGGAGAGACGCCGGUCAAGGUCCCUAACUCCGCCGUGGGCCGCGGAGCUCACGUGGGCGUCUGCCCCCAGGACUAACUUCACAACACUCAAACUUAAACCAGACCAGACAAAGAAAACGUUUACGACAAUCAGAUCAUUUUUGUCUGCGUUCACAACCAAAACAAGCAAUGUAUCACGAACAGCAAUGUAUUAAUAUGAAUUAAUUUCUGAAAAAUAAUAAAUUACAAAAAGUUAAAUUAUUGAAUUAUUGAAAUUAAUUGUAAAGUUUUAUACAUAUCAAUUCCGUUUGAUAAUGUUUUGUGCUUAACCAAAUACAUUACUAACAACA